AAAAGAAAAGAAAAGAAAAAAACAAAACAAAACAAACCAAAACAAAACCCAGCUUCUUGGGCUUGGAAACAGCGAGCUGAAACAAGAGAGAGCAAAGGUUUCUCUAUCGCCGCACGCUAACACAACCAGAUUCUGCAGCCUCUAUCAUCUCCUCCAUUUCCGCCUUCCUCUCUCACUACGCUCCGACCUCUCUCGCCUCUCUCCCCCUAUUCUUCGCCUUCAUUAACACCAUCCCCGCUGCCGCCACACUGCUAGCCUGACCGACUGAAACCAGCAUCUGUAAGCGAGCAGCUUUGUCACAAAUGGUAAACCUUCGAUAUAACCAAAUUAGCCAUUUGAUUUUCUUGACGUGUUUCGCGUUUGAUUGAAUUUUGAACGUGGGCGCUGAUUUUACAUAUUAUAUUCUGUGUAGUUUCUGACCGUCGUUAAAUGAGUUCUUGAGACAUGUUUUCGGGGCUUGAUUAAAUUCUUUUUCCCUUUUUUGUUUGUCCUCGUUGUUUCUUAUUUUUGUUGAAGUUUAUUGAGACAAUAGUUGUUUGCUUAGGUGUUUGAAUAAAAGCCAAUGUUGAUUGGAUACAAGUCAAUGGCUGAUUUGUGGUAUAAAUUAAUGUUGCGCGUAAUCACUAAUUCCCCAAAUGAAUCUAGCUGGGGUAUGAUUCGAAGGAACAAAUUAGUUUUGUAGAAUUUUUGUAUAGGUUGUAUAGUUAGUUGAAGCAAGAAAACAUGAAGAUUUAAAAUCCAAGUAAAUUAUGAGCAUAAUUGAGAUAUUGUAUUUCAAAUUAACAUUGUUUGCUUCCUAUUUAUAUAAAAUCAUUUAUGAUACAUUAAAUAAAAUGACUUCACAUGAACUAAGAUGUCUAAACGAGUUUCAAAAAAUUAAUAGCUGUCCUAAUGGUUUCCUCAGCAUGUACUUUUAUCUCAUUCACUAGUUGUUUGUUCUAUAUUCUUUUGGCAUAACUGAAUCAGUGUUUUGGGAACUGUUUUUAGCAUUGCAUUGAGUUAGGAAUGUUGAAAUUUGAACUCCUACACCCUAACAAAUCUUAAUUGCAUAUUUCUUAAACCUUAUUCACAUUUUUUGGGUAACUUCUGGCUUGUUUUGCUUUGAUGCAGAGACAGAGAGCGCAUCAUUAAACCUAAAGGGGUUUAGAGUUUUGGUGUAGGAUGUCAGAGGGUUUUCCGGGAUAACAAAAAUGUGGAUAAAGCACCAGAUGCUUUAAAGUUACUUAAAGCAUUUAGUGCUGAUUUAGGAAAUAAGCAAUUACACACUUUGAUAAAUAUACUUAUUGUAAAAGAUAGGUAUUUGUUGGAUUUGAAAGAUAAGUACCUUAUGGUAAAUAGAUGUGGACAUGUUUUGGAAAUAAAUAAUAUGUCAAUUUACAAAUAGUUAGGAGGGACGUACUUUCUUUUUGUCUCUAAGUUGCUUGUUAGCACCUAAUAAACAGCUUGCAUAUCAUAUUUUACCGAACAGAUAAAUUUCAGCAGGGUGCAUAAAACUGCUAAUAAACAGUUAGGAGAGCCAAAUACCUUCUAGAAUUGCCUCUAGGUUGUUACUCUCCCAGGAGUGAAACAGGCAAAACAAGUAGCAAAUGAAUGGCAAGAGUUCAGUGCGACAGUUCUUUAGAUUUAAUUCGAAACUCUUUUUCUCUCCAUUACCUUCUAUUUCUUCUUCAAAUGCUGAGGACAAGACCAUAUCUAUUUGUCAUUCAAGCCUUCAUCUUCUCAACAAAUGCCAGAACCUAAGGCAGCUCCUCCAAAUCCAAGCACAUUUGAUUGCUACUGGUCUCUUUCGCAACCCAUCUUAUGCCAUCAGAAUUUUGAAACGAUCUUCACUGGUGGCUGAUAUUGAUUACACCAUUUCUAUAUUUCAAUCUGUUGAUAAGCUUUACUGUGUAAAUACCAUCAUCAAGGCAUACUCAAUUAGUUCUGUCCCUCAACAAGGUUUAGUGUUCUACUUUGAGAUGCUGAGAAAUGGGUUUAUACCUGAUAGCUACACAUUUGUGUCACUUUUUGGUUCUUGUGUAAAAAUGGGUUGUAUUGAAUCUGGCAAGAAGUGUCAUGGGCAGGCCAUCAAGAAUGGAGUUGACCAGGUGCUGCCUGUGCAGAACUCAUUGAUUCACAUGUAUGGUUGUGGUGGUAUGGUUGAGCUUGCUCAUAAAUUGUUUAUUGAAAUGUCAAAGAGAGAUGUGGCAUCUUGGAACUCAAUUGUUGAUGGGUAUGCAAGAAAUGGCAAUCUGAAUGCUGCCCAUGACUUGUUUGACUCCAUGCCGGAGAGAAACAUAGUUUCUUGGAAUGUCAUGAUAAGCGCAUAUUUGAAAGGUGGGAAUCCUGGGUGCGCCUUAAAGCUAUUCAGGGAAAUGGUAAAAACAGGAUUAAGUGGUAACCACAGAACUAUGGCCUGCGUGCUGACUGCAUGCGGCCGGUCAGCUAGACUCAAGGAAGGAAGAUCAGUUCACGCGAAUAUCACUAGAACCUUACUAAAUUCAGGUAUAAUCCUUGAUACAACUCUUAUAGAUAUGUAUUCUAAAUGCCAGAAGGUGGUGUUAGCACAGAGACUGUUUGAUAAGAUGGCGUAUAAGAAUCAGAUUUGCUGGAAUGCAAUGAUAUUGGGGCAUUGCAUUCAUGGGAAUCCAGAAGAUGGGCUAAACUUAUUUGCAGACAUGGUGGAACAGAUGAGGCUAAGAGUAGCAGAGGGCAUUUCUCCAGAUGUGUUUACUUUUAUUGGAGUUCUUUGUGCUUGUGCUCGGGCAGGUUUGUUGACAGAAGGUAGAAAGUACUUCAGCGAAAUGAUUGAUGUAUUUAGAAUAAAGCCCAACUUUGGACAUUUCUGGUGCAUGGCUAAUCUUUAUACUGGGGCUGGGCUUUUUCAAGAGGCGGAGGAAAUCUUGAGGAACAUGGCAGGAGAUGAUGAGGAUACAGUAUCAGAAUCCUCUAUGUGGGCGAACAUACUCAGCUCUUGUCGUUUCCAGGGAGAUGUGUCCUUAGGAGAAAAGAUAGCCAAAUCCUUGAUUGACGUGGAACCUGAAAAUUUCUCAUACUAUCGGUUGCUUUUGAACGUGUACGCUGUUGCAGGUCGCUGGGAGGAUGUGGCUAGAGUUAAAGAGAUGAUGAAGGAGAAAAGAUUUGGGAGAAUGCCUGGAUGUGGUCUCGUGGACUUGAAAGAAAUUGUUCAUGACUUCACGACAGGACACACAUGGCAAGAGAAAAUGGAGAAGGUUGACAGAGAACCAGCUAAAAGUGGCCAGACCAGCUUUUCUGUAGCAGGCUAAUAUAAUGGAGCAUUGGGCUAGGUUUAUGCAGAUCAGCAACUUUGAAUAUUAAUGCAGCUGAUUCACUGGCUGAUGAAAUUAUAAUGAAAUUCACUCAAGAAGGAUCCUAUACCCCUGUGGAUUCUUCCUGAUGAGUGUUCAAAGAAUUUGGAUCUUGCCAAUUUCUUGUCUGUCCGUAAUCUUUCAAAGCCUCCUGGGGAAUUCAGUCGAGACUGGUCAAAAAAGUUCCAUGAGCAACAUCUGAGCUUGUAUGAUCUAAUCAUUCUCAAAUUUCACUACAGCCCUCGCUAUGCAAAUGCUGGAACUGUAUUCAAACAUUGUGCUCAGAGUUGAAUUUUAUCCAACAACAUUCAAUUCAUUUGCAUGGUGGAAAAUUUGAUGAGGUAGGCGGAAUGUUCUUCUGAUAUCGUUUUCCGCUUGGAAUGGAGUCCUUAAGGACAUGAUUACCAUAAAGGAGUUGGUGAGUUGUUUCCCUUGGCUCUCUCUCUGCCUCUGUACGAGAACCUGAAGGCAGAAAAUAACUGGCGCUGAAAGUAAGAAAGAAAUUUCGAAAAUUAUUGUCUUUUAGUUAAUUGCUAACUUAAGGUCAAAUUGAUAAAUUUCUAUAGGGAUACAACAACAUAUUGGAUCUGAACGUCAGUCUUUUGAGAAUUUUUCAAGAUCUAGCAGAUGGGACAAAACUACAUUUUAAAGAGAAUUUUCUUCCAUCUAGAAAAAAUAUUCAUUUAUUUCGUA